UCCCCCCCUCCCCCCCAUCUAAAUCCUUUAACAAGUAUGGAUUUACAAAAACAAACUCUGGCUUUUGUGUUGAUGUUGGAGACGCUGAAGAUAAAGGAUUCGUUUGAUCACAGAUUUUUGGUGUGAAUACAACUUCCACCCCAGUUUGGAUCCGCUGCUGGAGAUAUACAUUUUUUUUUUUUUUGGUCUCAUCACUUAGUUUUAUUACAGUUGCUAUUACAAUAAAAAGAUAACUGAUGGUGCUGUGAGGGUUUAUUGCACAAGUAUUGUCUCAUUAUUUGGCUGUCAGUUUUUCCUGCAUUGUGGUGGAAGGACCAAGGACUGGGAGAACACGUUAGUGGCCAUCAAGGCUCGGCUCGGUCCUGGUACCGGCCCGGGAUUUCGACAUGCCUCGCACUGACGACCCGGUCGGCGGAAGAUUAUGACUACAGCGGCGAAUUGGGUGGCCAACGGGGCGAGCCUCGAAGACUGCCAUUCCAACCUCUUCUCUCUGGCGGAGCUGACCGGCAUCAAAUGGCGGCGCUACGUGUUCCGCGGCGGGGGAGAGUGCGGCCCGGUGAUCUCGGCGCCCGCCCAGGACGACCCCAUCCUGCGCAGCUUCAUCCGCUGCGCCCUGGCCAACCUGCUGUGCGUGUGGCGCCGUGGCGCCAAGCCCGACGCCAAGGAGCUCUGGAUUUUCUGGUGGGGCGAAGAGCCCAACCUGACCGACAUCAUCCACCGGGAGCUGGAGGUGGAGGAGGAGGGACUGUGGGAGAGCGGCCUGUCCUAUGAGUGCCGGACUCUGCUCUUCAAGGCCAUCCACAACCUGCUGGAGAGGUGUUUGAUGGACAAAGACUUUGUGCGCAUCGGGAAGUGGUUUGUCAAGCCCUACGAGCUGGAAGAGAAGCACCUGAACAACAGCGAACACUUGUCCUGCGCCUUCAACUUCUUCCUGCACGGGGAGAGCAAUGUGUGCACCAGCGUGGAGAUCGCGCAGCACCAGCCGGCCUACCGCAUCACCGAGGAGCACGUCGCCCUGGCCCAGACCUCCUCCUCGCCCAUACGAGUGAUCCUGAGUCCCUACGGGCUGGCCGGCACGCUCACGGGGCAGGCCUACAGGAUGCGAGAUCCGGCCGUGCGCAAGCUGAUAGAAGAGUGGUGCUACUUCUACCCCACGGCACUGCGGCGGCGCGGGGGCGAGCGGGACGACGAGGGCGACGACGGCACCAAUGGUCCCGGGGACCCCCAUGGCCAUGUGGCUGUGGAGGUCAUCGUAGGUGGAGUAAGGAUGAUCUACCCGGCAGCCUUUGUGCUCAUUACGCAGGGUGACCUGCCUGUGCGGCAGGCGCCCCCAGCUCCCGGGCCGCAGGGGGCGAUCAGGGAACUCUCCAACUGCAGCGUCCCCCUCACACCACCCACCUCUCCGGAGCAGCCCUGCUCGGGUGAUGCUGGCUUCCAGGCGUGCGUUUCCAGUGGCCCCAGCCAGGAUGGGGGCAUGGUCCCCACAACAUCUAGCCCCAGGCACUCUGGGAAGAAGCUUGCCAACCAGGUGGUACACCAGGCAUGGAAGGAGUGCUAUGCGAACCACUCACACACACGCAAGUGCAGCCAUCCUGACACAGCGACACCCAGUGACGAGGUGCAGAAUGGGACGCCGGUGUGGGACUUUGUGAGUCCGGCUGACAGGACACCCUGCAGUUGUUCGAGGUCGAAACAGCAGCAGCAGCAGCAACAGCAGCAGCGGCAGGCGAAUGUGAGCAGCUCUGCCCCCCAGCCGAGUGCCGGUCGUGCCCCACCAGCCACCCCUGCCCUGCCUCCGCCCGCUGCUCCCAAGCACAAGGUGUCCGAGAAGCCCGAGAAGCCGGACAAGCAGCCCAAGAGGGCAGCCAUGACGCCGUUCCACCACCGGCUCUGCGUGGCCCAGGAGGCCGGCUUGGAGCAGGACCCUGUUGGAGCCCAUCAGCUGGGCCUGCCUGUCAUGGACCCCCCCAUGGACCCCCUGCCCAGCUGCAAGUACCCGAAGACCCUCCCUGAUGGAAGUAAAGCACCCGAGUCCCUGCUCCACUCCCCGGUGUCACCCCUGCCCCCUACGCUCAGUCCACACCCCCGGAUGCAGGAGCCUGGAGCGCUGGAGCCCCCUGAGGGCCUGGUUCCCUGCGUGGAGGCGCCUCCUGCCCCAGGGAUGCUGGAGCCGAGCGACACGGCACUCUACGUGGCACCCCUAGGGCACAGGGAGCUGGGGGGUGGCUGGUGGAGAGGAUACAAGACCCCCAGUGUGGAAAACCCCGAGUUUCGGCCCCCAGAGCUGUCCAACGAAAGGCUGGAGAGCAAGCCCGACACCGGGAGCGAGGGCAUGGCCUUGAAGAGGCUCUUCGCCCAGACCCACCGCACCUUCAAGGUGUCCGAGGACAAGGUUAGAGAGCAUGUCCGCUCGCUAGGCCACUUGCAGCCGCUGGGGGCGGAGCCUCUGGGUGACCCCAGGGACGACCCUUACGUCUUCAAGGAUGGGGACAUCGAGUACAGCUUCCCCACUUCCAAGAGGCUCAAAGGGCAGGAUCGAGACCCGGGUCGCAAGGUAAAGGGAGAGGAGGUGAUGGGUAGUGGUGCAGUGCCUGAUGGGAAAGACGCCAUGUCCAUUUUCAGCUCAGCACCCAAAGCUGAAGAGUCGCAGCAGGAUGAUGCAGCGGCCAAAGCCAACCCUCCCCUGACCAGGGAGAGGGACCUGGUGGUUCUCAUUUCGGACCUCGAGAACAUCUUUGACAACUCGGACGAGGAUGAGUUGGGGAACGCAUACCCCAGUCAGCAGUGUGCCAAGGCACCCCCUGCGGGGAUCGAAGAUCGACCCCUGGGGAAGGACGGGCGGGUCACAGUUCCCUAUCCUUCAACAGUUGCAGACCUCCAGCGCAUGUUCCCCACGCCUCCCUCCCUCGAGCAGCACCCCGCCUUUUCCCCCAUCAUGACCUACCGGGACACACCAAGCCAGGAGCCUCCCGCUCCCACGAGUGGUCAGGACCACUCCACGGGUCCGCCGACAACCACCCAGAUGUCGGACUUCAGGAUGGAGCUGGAGGAUGGCAUGUCCAGCCCCAGGCCGGAGGACGUCAAGGACUUUUCGUUUGUGUACCGGGUCCCUCACAUCCAGCCACAGGUUGGCUGCUCCAUCUUCGCCCCCCUGCGGACCCUCCCCAGCCAGUGCCUGGCGCCCCUCAAGAUCCCAGACAACUGCUAUUACCGCCCUUCCUGGGCUGUCCCGCCCAAGAUGGAAAACCUGGCGCUGCCACCGCAGGUCCCCUUCAGCCGUGACGGAUAUGUCAAUGUGCCGAGCGUCAGCAGCCUGCUGGACCAGGACUACGCCCCGAUGACUGCCGGCACCGCCUCGGUGGGUAACGCCGGCGGCGUGCUGCCUUCUCCUGCCACACCCCGGUUUUCGGUGCCGACGCCGCGGACGCCGCGCACCCCGAGGGGGAUGGGCACUGCCAGCGGCCAAGGCUCGGUGAAGCAGGAAGGCACGGAGCUGAGCUCCCCGGCCUCCACGCCCUCCACUAGUCGGCCGCUGAGCUCCGUAGAGCCGUUGGCGCUGCCGGCACUACCCGAGGCCCACAGCCUUUACGCCGUGCUACUGCUCUCUGACUCGGUGCUGAACGUGUUCAAGGACCGCAACUUCGACAGCUGCUGCAUCUGCGCCUGCAACAUGAAUGUGAAGGGCGCUGACGUGGGGCUCUACAUCCCGGAUUCGACGCGCGAGGACCAGUACCGCUGCAUGUGCGGCUUCAGCGCCAUCGUCAAUCGUCGCUUAGCCCACGGCACCGGCCUGUUCCUGGAGGAUGAGCUGGACAUCUUCGGCCGCGGCUCCGAGGUGGGCCGGGCGGCCGAGCGGAGGCUGGCGCUGUGCCGGAGGACCCCGCCCGUCGCGGACCCUGCCGCCAGGCGGCCCCAGGACGCCCCCGUCUCGCUGCUCUCUGUCCUCCAGGAGCAGUGCUCCCGGCCUGUGCCCUCCGUGGCGUCCUUGCACCUGCCGCCGGCGUGUUCCUGCCGCAGCCCCAAGGAGGCGCUGCUGCAGAGCUGGGCGGCCGACAAGCUGUGGGCGGACGGCAGCGACUCGUGUGCCGAGUGCUACAACGCGCUGGUGCAAGGCCAGCAGUACGUGGACAACCCGGCAGGGGGCAAGGUGGACUCGGCUAUCGUCAGGAGCACCUCCCUGCACCCCUGGCCGCACACCAACUUGCUGGACAUCAGCAUGCUCUCCUCCCAGGACGUGGUACGCAUGCUACUGUCCCUCCAGCCCUUCCUGCAGGACGCCAUCCAGAAGAAGCGCACGGGUCGGACCUGGGACAACAUCCAGCACGUGCAGGGCCCGCUCACCUGGCAGCAGUUCCACAAGAUGGCGGGGCGCGGCUCCUACGGCUCCGAGGAGUCGCCGGAGCCCCUGCCCAUCCCGACUCUGCUGCUGGGUCACGACCGUGACUUCCUGGCCCUGUCGCCACUGGCCCUACCGUUCUGGGAGAAGCUGCUGCUGGAGCCAUAUGGAGGGCAACGGGACGUUGCCUUCCUGGUGCUCUGUCCCGACAGCGAGGUGCUCCUGGCUGGUGCCAGCGCUUUCUUCAAGGAACUUAGCGCCGUGUACGAGACCUGCCGCCUGGGUAAGCACCGGCCCCUAGCCAAGGUGUCCCGGGACGGUGUCGUGCGGGUCGGUGCCCUCGAUGCCCAGAACCCGGCGGAGGAGUGUGUGGAGCAGUGGUUCAUCGAACCGUGGGCCGGGCAGCGCAAGGACGGCAACAUCGCCAAGCUGAAGCUUUACUUCCACACCUGCCGGGCGCAGCUGGCCCCGCAGUUAGCUGCCCUGUCCUUGGACAGUUCCCUGCUCCAACCCCCCAAGCCUCAAUGUCCACCGACCCCCACGCCUGCGUCCCAGUCUGCGUCCUCUAGCCAGCCCGCCGCGGGCCCCUGUGCCCCGGACGGAUCUGUGGCGUCCACGGGGACAGACAGUACCCCGACUCCGGCAGGGGCCACGCCGAGCCAGCCGAGCGGGACGGAGGCGGCGCAGGGGGACGCUCCGGACAGCAAAAACACCCAGAAUGCAGCUCCAGUGCCUACUGCACCGGCAGAGAACACAGAGAACAGUGCGGCUGACAGGGAGCGCAUCGGCAUCCCCACCGUCGCUGAGUCGGCCAGCAGUCACGCCCACCCCCCGGCCAUCGUGCUGUACCUGGUGAACCCAUUCCUGUGCAGCAGCGGUGGUGGGGAGCGGGGCGACGGGGAGGCAGAGUCUGAAGCGGAGGCGGAGUCGGAUGGCGUGUGGUUGCUGGCGCUGCUGCGGUGCUAUGCUGAGAUGCUGCGUGGCCUGCCCGAGAGUUUGCAGGCGGCGUUGGUGCUGCAGGUGGUUCCCUGCCAGUACCUGUUGCGGCCGGCCAGCGGCGAGAACCCCCAGUACUUGCAGCAGCUGCGCUCGCUCGCCUUCUCGGCCUACUCCCAGUGCCGGCGGCUGCUGCCCAUCCAGACGCACAUCAGGUCGCUGACAGGCUUCGGGCCGGCCUCCGCCAUUGACACGGUCCUCAGAGAGCAGGAGUGCGCCAGCCCCCAGCAGCUGUACUCCCCACCCUUCAUCCUGGGCCCCACGCGCAGCAGGCAGCCCGAGUGCGCCGACGCCUGGGCUGAGGGGGUCCCGCGCCACGGCGUGCUCUUCGUGGGCUACUGCCUGUCCCACGACCAGCGCUGGAUCCUGGUCUCCUGCACCGACCAGCAGGGGGAGCUCCUGGAGACCUGCAUCAUCAACGUCGACAUGCCCAACAGGUCUCGGAAGUCUAAGGUGUCCCCCAGGAAGAUCGGGCUGCAGAAGGUGUGGGAGUGGUCUAUCGGGAUCAUCCAGAUGACAUCACUGCCAUGGAGGAUUGUGAUUGGUCGCCUCGGCCGUCUCGGCCACGGAGAGCUGAAAGACUGGAGCGUGCUGCUGGGCGAACACUCCCUCCACUCUACCAGCCGGCAACUGCGCGAGUCGUGCCGCAUGUGCGGCAUCUUGGCCAGCGACUCCCCAUCCAUCCUCAGCGCCUGCCUGGUUGCCAUGGAGCCGCAGGGAUCCUUCGUGGUGAUGCCAGACGCGGUGACGAUGGGCUCCGUAUUCGGCCGCAGCACGGCACUCAACUUGCAGACCUCGCAGCUCAACACGCCGCAGGACGCUUCCUGCACCCACAUCCUGGUCUUCCCCACAUCUGCAACCACACAGGUUGCCCCAGGCACCUACCCCACUGAGGACAACCCCGAUGACAUGUUCGACCUGCCCUUCCCCGACGAACUGGAGAAUGACAUUGGGCACGACAUGAUGCUGAUCACGGGGAACCUGCACCCUUCCCCAAAUACGUCCCCUGUGCCGUCCCCGGGGUCCCCCUGUGGCAUGAGCGGAAGCUCCCACUUCCAGCAUACCCGAAGCCAGGGUGAGAGGCUACUGUCCAGGGAAGCUCCGGAGGAGCUCAAACAGCAGCCGCUAGCUCUGGGCUACUACGUGUCCACUGCCCGGGCCGACGACCUGCCUCACUGGUUCUGGGCUUCCUGUCCGCAGGCGCAGAACCAAUGUCCUCUGUUCCUCAAAGCCUCCCUCCACCACCACAUCUCCAUCGCCCAGACAGACGAGCUCCUCCCCAGCAAGACCUCCCAGAGGAGCCCCCAUCCCCUGGACUCCAAGACCACCUCGGAUGUACUCAGGUUUGUGCUGGAGCAGUACAACGCCCUCUCCUGGCUCACCUGCACUCCCGCAAGCCAGGACCGCCGCUCCUGCCUGCCCGUUCACCUAGCCAUACUCACACAGAUGUACAACGCCAUCCUCAACCUGCUCUAGACUUGAGAAGGGGCUCUCACAGGAUACUUGGGACACUUGGCUUUGGGGCAGCGAGAGAGGAUCAUGGGUCACAUUGUGGUUUUGGAAUGGCGCCCCCACCCCCCACAGCAGGGAUGAGCGCCGGAUGCAUAACUGGUCUCGUGCGCCUUUGCGGACACGGCUCGAGCGGUACCCUUUGUUCAGGGAGACGGCGCGAGGCCAGCCUGCCCUUGUACAGACAGAUGGGUGUCAGUAGAAUGUAGAAAUGCAAAAACGAUGUUGGCCUACAAUGACUUUUCACAUGGGCUAGGUCUGCCGUGACUUUACGGGCAGCGGUCGCUGCCCUUGUUCCAGGGGUGCAUUGAAACUGGUAGAGAGCGGCUGGAGGAACGGACCAAGCAUUUACUCGCCACCCUUGGAAGGACCAAACCGCCUGGUCCCAGUGCGGUUCACCACACAAAGCCAGGGAUGGCGCCCCCCUUUGAUCUGCUUUCACAGAUUUAACCACCGCCAUGCUGUUGUCCCACACGGGACGGUAGCGAUGGUCAGCACGAGCGACGGCCUGGGCUACGGGAGGGAAAGGGAACUCUGUCGUCCCCGAACGCGUACCCUGCCGCCACCCUCCCUCAGGGCACCCGACGCUCUUUGGCCCAGAAGGCAGGCUAACCCGAGCCCCGGCCGUCACGACAGGAGCCACUUGAGUACAGCUAUACCAGCAUCAAGGACCAAAUCGCAGGAAGGCCUGUGGAGUCGACCUCCCCUUCCUGGGGCACCAGAGGGGACCGAUCCACAGCGCUGGAGCAGUAGGAAAGGACGAACUGCAGGCCUGCGGAGAUGAGCGCAGUUCCCUGCGGCCCCUCACGUGCUAUCCUGUCCCUCGUUCCUUGUACCAAGUUGUCCUGAGCUAAUUCGCUAACAAGCUACUAACAGCAUUCGCGUAUUCGACAUCAGCCAGAGGACAAGGAGUCUGGUCUCCUCUGAGGGUUUAAAAAAAAAAAAAAAAAAAAUCAAUAUUUAAAAAAAAAAAAAAAAAAAAAAAAAAAGAUAAAAACAAAAGGCACUUUCCCCUCCUCUCUCAAGUGACUAUUUUACUGUUUUAGAUUACUAAUGUGCUGGACUGAUUUUUGAGAAAUGAAUUGAAAAACAAAUGUUAAUUGUGUAUAGUGUAAAACUGACAUUUACAAAGGACUGAACAAAGAAUUUACAAAGAAUUAUUUUAUUAAUUAAAGCAAAAAUGAGAAUUAAAAAAAUAAAUCAAGGCCUCCAAAUUUAAUUACAUUAGCCUUGCAAUUAGGUAUUUCAUUUAAGAGAAAAAAAAAAAUAACGAAAUUGACAAGAUGCCAUAUAUAAGAAAUGUGUCUAUAUAUAGCAUCUUGUAAUAUAAAUGAAUAUAUAAAUACAUAUAUAUUAGGGCUAAUCAGCUGGGACAAUCGGCUAAUUAAUGUGCGUCCAUUUUUUACACAACCUUCAGGGAACUUUUGCGUAACAUGGAGUUUUUUAAAAGCAAGGCAGACAACACAAGCACUGUAACGACCUUAAGAAAAAGCUCUCGUGCUCUCUGGCAGCGCGUCGCAGUGAUGUGAAAUACAUUUCAAAUUUUUAAAGACUGUACAUUAUAAUGCGUAUUUAUGUCACGAGCCUAUCCGAUGCAUCAUUUCGGUCCUCGCUUUCGUUGAGCUGCUCGCCAAGGCGGCCUUUCAACACAAAAAAACCCCGGAAGUGUUAUGGCAAAGGAAAGCAACCAAGGUGCAAAGCGCGGGUGCGAGAACGAUAUUUGUACGUACUCAAAAUCAACGUUUUUAACGUCGAUCUCACCGGACCACAUAUUUUACACUGUCCCACAAUGACUUCCAGCUGAAUUGUCGCUCACUAGUUCGUACUAGCCCUAAUAUAUAUAUACACCUCCUUAAAUCAGCCACAUAUGAGGGGGGAAAAGUCUAUUCUUUAAAAAAUCGAGAAAUAUACAUCUGUUAUCAAAGAUAAUGCAUUUUAGUUUCCUAUACUUUUUUAUUGUUGUUAUUAUUAUCAAGAAAUGUUGUCUUUUAGCCUUUUUUUAUUUAAUGGUUUAAGUUAAGGAACUAAAUGAUGCAGAUAUAUUUAUGAUUUUUUUUCUGCAAAGUAAACUUGAAAUAGGCAAUAGAUAUAAAAGUAUGCAUCUGAGCAUUAAAAAGGUAUUGUAUGUUUAACUAAUAUGCAUUAUUUUAGUGGUGGUUUUAGACGCUGUAAAGCAGACCAUUGAACUUCCUGUUUUUCUGUCGCUGC